UACAUUGUUGGUUAAGGGCUUGUAAGUAAGCAUUUCAUGGUAAGUUCUACACCUGUUGUAUUAGGAGCAUUUGACAAAUAACAUUUGAUUUGAUAACGGAGAGGCUGAUGUUCUUCCUGGAGAGCAGAGGCCUAAUGUCACUAGAUCAAAGUGGGUUCAGGAAAGGCAGGGCAAUGAGGGAUCCUGUACUGUGCCUAGAGUCAGUCAUACAUAAGGCACAGGCAAAUAAGGAAGUGGUGGGAAUGGUUUUCUUUGAUGUAGAGAAGGCCUAUGAUAUGGAAGGAAGGGUUACUUAUCAAACUGGAUAUCAUGGGGGUUGGAGGAAGGGUUUUUAACUGGAUAAAGAUUUUCUUUUUGGGCGAUCAGUACAAGUGAGGGUGAGGAUUUCUAUGUCAGAAAGUUACGAGGUAGAUAAUGGUACCACCCCAGGGAACUGUCAUUAGUCUUUUGUUCUCCAUUAUAAUUGACAAUGUAUUCUCCCAGUUUUAGACCAGAUAUUAGGAGGUCAUUGUUUGCGGAUGACAGGGUGCUGGGGAAGAGAGGGUGAAAUAUUCCCCAUACAUACAGCUAGAAGUGUUCAAGAAGCGAACAGUGAAUUUGAACAGUCCCUCAGAUGGGCUUCAAGUUUUCAGGUGAGAAAUCACUUUUUUUUACUGCCUGAAGCUAUUGAAAGGAAUAUUGAGAGGGUGGUCUGGUUUGGUUCCUGUGGGUCUGGUUUGACACUCAAGUAACAUGGGCAAAGCAAAUAUUGAAUGUGAUUUGUUGCCUGUCAGGUAUAGAGUGGGGAGCAGAUAGAAUGGCAUUGGAAAUACCCUAUACACCGAGUCUACAAAACAUUAGGGUAAACCUGCUUUUUCCAUGACAGACUGACCAGGUGAAAAUUAUAAACCGUUAUUUAUGGCACUUGUUAAAUCCACUUCAAUCAGUGUAGAUGAAGGGGAGGAGACAGGUUAAAGAAGGAUUUUAAAGCCUUGAGACAAUUGAGACAUGGAUUGUGUAUGUGUGCCAUUCAGAGGAUGAAGAUGCAAGGGCCUAUGUACAGGGUAUGGUAGUAGGUGCCAGGCGCACCGGUUUUAUUGUGUCAAGACCUGCAACGCUGCUGGGUUUUUCACGCUCAACAGUUUCCAUUGUGUAUCAAGAAUGAUCCACCACCCAAAGGACAUCCAGCCAACUUGACACAACUGUGAGAAGCAUUGGAGUCAACAUGGGCCAGCAUCCCUGUGGAACGCUUUCAGCUCCUUAUAGAGUACAUGCCCCGACGAAUUGAAGCUGUUCUGAGGGCAAAAGGGGGUGCAACUCAAUAUUAGGAAGGUGUUCCUAAUGUUUUGUACACUCAAUGAAUUGCGCUGUCAAGGUCAUCACUGGACAAUGGAAGUGUAGCAUAUGGAUCAGGCUCAAGCUCUAAGAAUAUGUUGUGGAGCAAUCAGGACCUCCCCGGUGGCAGCUCUGCAGGUAGAGUGGGGAGACAUGCCGUUAAAGUUAAGACAACAACUAGCCUUGACAUAUUGGGUAAAUCUACAAGGACUUAGGGUUACACAUCCUACAAAAAAGGUGCUCCUAGAGGGCUGGGAGCUUGAACAAAAUCUGAAUACAAGUUUGGGGUGGAUGGGUAAUGGCUUGGCGAGAGAGAGACCCUCGGUGGUUCUUCCUGCUAUCCCUCCUUGGUUGCUCCCUCAGCCAAUGAUAGGCCUAGGGUUGCUUAAGAGGGUAAGAGCUGGUGAGGAAGGAGUAGAUCCAGUAAAUAUUGUAAGUGAACAUUUAAGAACACAGUACUAUGCUGUCUUGAAUAUAUUCACAGAUGGAUCUGAGCACCCUAAAACAGGGAGGACAGGUGCAGCUUUUAGUGUUCCUGAGUUUAAGGUGACAGUGACAAAAAGAGCAACUGAUCAUUUAUCUGUUUACACAAUGAAGUUGCUGGCAUACUAUUGGCUGCAGAGUGGGUGGAGGAGGUGAGGCCAGACAGGGUAGUAAUCUGCUCUGACUCCUGUGCAGCACUGAUGAGCUUAAAUGCAUUUGUGUCUCGGAUCAGACUAGAUGUAUUCUAUGAGAUUUUUCAGUGCUUGUAUGGUGUGAGACAGAUGGGAUAGUUGUGAUGUUCCACUGGGAACCAGCUCAUGUGGGAGCAGAUGCCAAGUGGUUGAUAGGAACAGUGGUUAAUAAUAAAAGGCAAGAGUUGUGGGGCAGGGAUGGAAAGGGAAGACCGGUAUAAGAUCCAGGAAAAGGUGGAGGCAGGGAGGUCCUUAGGUCGAGAGAGAAGGGAGGAAAGUGUAAUCACUAGGAUGAGAAUGGGACACACAAGGCUCAACAGUACAUUAAAACUGGUAAGAAAACUUCAGACUGGGAGGUGUGAUCACUGUCAGGAGGAGAUGGAUACAGCGGAACACGUUCAAUUUCAGUGCCAGCAAUAUGUGAGGGAAAGGGAGACGUUUGUCUUACAUUUAAUGAGUAAUGGUGUUGAGUUUCUUUCCUGUAGGUUUUCACUCCAAUCCCAGUUGUAACUGACUUGAUUCAGUUUAUCAACCUGCUAAUUAUUGGAAUUGGGUGCACUAGAUUAGGGUUGGAGUAAGAACCUACAGGACGGUACCUCUCCAGGAUUGGGUUGCCCUGAUUUAGACCUUCCCUGUCUCUAUUCCACACUCCAGUCCAUUUGGUGGUGGUAAUGCGCCUUAAAGUUUUUUGCCAAGCACCAUAUAAAAUCCACAGAAGAAGAAGAAGAAAAAUAUGAAUGGAGUGAGCUGUGCGCCAGACAGAGUUCUGGAGGUAAAAUGUAAGUGAAUGAGGGCUAGUUAAGUGAGGUGGAAAGUGUGGUGAAAAGCUCGGAACCCGACCCUGGCAUCGAUGGACAUAAAAAAUAAUCUGGUCCAGUAGAAGUGAUAUUUUUUAAGAAUGUGUGGAUCUUUCCCUUUUGGCAGAUCCAUUUGUGGUUUCAGGAUGGGUGGGAAAGGAGUUGGGUGCAGUUGAAUCAGUGACGGUAACCUGUAGUGGACAUGUGAUAUUUGUUUGUGUUUCUUCUGACCAGAGGGAGCAGGCGCUCCGUGUCACAUAACUUGGGUGAAGAUAUGUUUCUUGAAAGGAGUGAUUUCUGGGUUAGCUAGAGUCAGAGUAGUGUGGCGGAUGAAUCCGAAUUAGUUGGGUAACAUAGAUAAUUAAGAUGUUUUAUUUGAAUAAUAUGUUUAUGUGAGAUACUUGUCAUUAGAAUGUAUCCUUUUGGACUAUAGUGUUGGCAGUUGCACUUUUCCCUACGCUGGGGCUCAGUCACUUGGGGCCCAGAGAGGGGAGAGGUCAGGCUUGUCUUUCACAUGUCCCUGGUGCUAUGCAGAAUAUCAGAAAGGGAAGAGAACAGAAUGGAACAUUGUCUUCAUAUGUGAAUGUGUCUUUACCUAUUCUUAAACCAUGUGAAGGGAUGGCGUGAUUAAUGGGGCACCAAUUACUUGUCUCCACAAUGUCUGUGCGCCAGUCACUCCCUCCUUUUCCCAUUGGGGGGAGGUGUAUGGCAGUGUCUGGAAACAUUGUAUGUCCUCUCUGAUGUUGCACUUAUCCUGGGAUAGUGUAUGGCCUAGAGGCUCACUCCCCUCAGUGAGCUUGUCCAGGAGUGGGGUCAAGAGGGGGUUUACUUGAGAUGGGAGUAUCUAGAGUUGAUAAUUGUUAUGCCAUUGGAUGAGUUGGUGUUUUUGUACUAUGAAGUACCAGGACUGAGAUUAGAACCUCGUCUAAGGGGCCAAACUCAACGAUAAUUAAUAGUGAAUGUUAUCUGGCUACGGAAUACUCCUUUCUCAAGAAAAUUAUUUCUUUGUGAACAGUUCCUAAGAUCUGUGAUUCGUCAUGUAAGUUGAGAGGGGUGUAUCUUGGCUAUAAAAGAUCUUUGUACUUUUCUGUUGGUACUUUUCAAUAGUUCAUUAGAGAUAGCGCAUCAUUGAAAGUCAAAAAGGCUAUUGCAAAGCUCGUAUUAAAAAAUAUGUAGUUUAAGUAUAACUCUGACUGGUGUGUAUAGUUUGUAACUCUCAUCAUUUGGUAAAGCAGAAAAAUGCCACCACAGUAGUGCAUUAGGUGUCAUGCGGAGGCAGUGAAGUAAUUAGAGGAGGAUGCGUCAAGAGAGGAGGAUCCCUGAGAAUAGUAGAUCUAUGCCAGCCAGUGGUGGAAAAUUAUUCAAUUUUCAUACUAGAGUAAAUGUAAAGAUGCCUUAAUAGAAAAUGACUCAAGUAAAAGUGAAAGUCACCCAGUAAAAUACUACUUGAGUAAAAGUCUAAAAGUAUUUGGUUUUAAAUAUACUUAAAUAUCAAAAGUAAAUAUAAUUGCUAAAAUAUACUAAGGUAUCAAAAGUAAAAGUAUAAAUCAUUUCAACUUCCUUAUAUUAAGCAAACCAGACUGGACAAUUUUCUUAUGUAUUUGUUAUUGAUGGAUAGCCAGGGCACGCUCCAACACUCACACAUCAUUUACAAACCAAGCAUUUGUGUUUAGUGAGUCCGCCAGAUCAGAAGCAGUAGUGAUGACCAGGAAUGUUCUCUUGAUAAGUAUGUGAAUUGGACCAUUUUCCUGUCAAAAUAUAACAAGUGCGUUUGAGUGUCAGGGAAAAUGUAUGGAGUAAAAAGUACAUUAUGUUCUUUAGGAAAGUAAUAAAGUAAAAGUUGCCAAAAAUAUAAAUAGUAAAGUACAGAUACACAAAAAAACUACUUAAAUAAAAAUACUUUAAAGUACUACUUAAAAGUACUUAACACUACUGAUGCCAGCACAGAGCGAUAGGCCAACGAGUGAUAUAUCCUUCACUAAGGUUGACUUCUUAGCGUUCAUAGCAAUGGUUAUCAACUGCAUAAAUAGAACGUAAAUCACAGAAAAUAGAUGUUGUUGUGGCAGCUGCAGAGAAGUAUUUGGGUAUAUGAGAUUUGACUUCAGAAGACUUACAAGGUGUGUUGAGUGGUGGUGCCCUGUCCUCCCAGGCCGCUGGCAUGGUGCAGGAGCAGAUAGGGUCAAAAUAGUGGAAUGGGGUAGGUGGUUUUUAGUGAGUGUAGGAUUAGUUGGAUGGGUGUUUUUUUAAAUGUUAUAUAUAAUUGGUUUUGUUUUUUCCUUUUCCCCUUAUCCAAUUUUGUAUCACGAUGUAUAAUAUAUUUAUAUUGUAGUCCAUUUGGGGGCGGUAAUACAACAUAUUGGAUACGAACCGCGCUUAAACACCGAAGAUGGUGAUGAAGAAGAAGAACGGAAGCGCGAUUGCGCACGCAUCUCCGAUUUGAAACAUGGUUGGCAUUUAUCGACAUCGUUUGCCUAAAUAGAUCUCCUUACAAAUGUCGAAUUGGUCCAAUAUCAACAUUUGCCAUAGUGUGAGAACUGGAAAUAUACUGAUUAUUUAUUGCUCAUUGGCUAGCAAAAUUGUUUAAACAUAUUUACUUAAUCACGGCGAAUAAAUACUGGGCUGGACAGGAUGGCCAGCUGCAAUUUUCAGGAGCAGUUUGUAUCCAUUAUGGAAGUAUUGGCUAAAGCAGCAGUAGCAGAAAUAAACAAACGUGUAGAUGAUAGCUGUGCUGUUAUACGUUUGGAAAUGACCCAAAGCCAGCGAGAUAUUGAUGUACUGAAAAGGAAGUGUCAAAUGAUGGACAGCGAGCUGAAGAAGACGCGCAGACGAAAAGGUUUUUACCCCGUGGCAUCAGAGAGAUCUUCACAUCCAGUUAAGAUUGUUUUGAACAAGCAGAGGAGUACCUCACAGUGGAGAGACAGCAAGAUGGCUGUUGAAGGGGACUCUCAACCCCAUCCUUCAGAUGUGGAGCAGAGAGUGGAGACUGAACCCAUACUGAUCAAAGAUGAGGAGACAGCAGAGGAUGUCUGGAAGACUGACCCUCAGGAAGAGCUCAGGAUCACUGGAGAGGAGUCUGGUUCCAAGCCUGGGAAACCACCAUCCUUUGAGCAAUGGCACUGUGAUGAGGACUUCAUCACACAACCCAAUAUAUCUCCCAAAGACUCAGUAAAACAUUACCCCAAUUCUGAUCGUCCAGAGGAACCAGGAACACCCCGGCUCGCAUCUACAGAGGUGUUCAGCGCAGAGCAACACCGGCCAGACGAGGACUCACUAGACCUAGUGAUGGUGAAAGAGGAGGAGCUGGAUCAGACCACAACCCUGGCAGGACCUGACCAGUUUGUCAUGGAUCAGUCUGAUGGGCAGCUGUGGACCUCUGUGGAUCCAGGCAGAGACACUGACCCUGAUGGUCACCCAGAUUUCUCCUUUCAAUCCACAGAAGAGUACUCUCAGAAUAUCUCAAUUUUCCCAUCUCAUAGUGGGCUGUCAUCUGUUCCUACUAUGACAGAUGAUGUAGGGCCAUCGCUUCACUCUUCUAUAUGGAAACCACAUGCUAACAUGUUCAGUGCAGCAGCACAUAGGAAAAGACAUGUCAGGACAUUGGCUAAUGAGACUAGACAACAGAUGCCAGACGAACAGAGCAGUGAGAUACUGAACUCAAAUAAUGAAGGAAAUCGUUUAGCUCUACAGCCAAGGCAGCAUCAAUACAGGGCUUCAGAAGCAACAGUGAGAUUGAGUGAGUGCAUGACAGGGUCAAACAUGGCCACCACCUCCACCUUCUCUGGAUACAGUCUGAGUCACAGUAGUUUUAACAUGGUGAAGAGAAUGAGGACUCAGUGGAGGUCAGGCGGCACCACCGAGAGGCGUUUCAGCUGCACCUUCUGUGGGAAGAGCUUCCCAACUUUCUGGCAGCUCAAAGAACACCUCCGGAGUCACACCGGAGAGAAACCGUACACCUGUGAACAGUGUGGCAGGAGUUUCACCAAGCAGUGCAACCUGAUCAGACAUGCUGUGGUCCACAGCGGGGAGAAGCCCUACAAGUGCACACAGUGUGGGAAAUGCUUCACUCAGCGCUCCAGCAUGAAGUCACAUCAGAGAACUCACAUAGGAGAGAGUCCAGUGUCUCCAUACGUGGUACCCGCAUACCCUGGGGAUCGACACACAAGUUUAAUGUAGUCUCAGAACAGAUGGAACAAAUAGGAACAUAAUUGCAUUAUGCUUCGGAAACACUUUCAAUGUGAAAAUGUAGAUCAAUCAACCGUACUCGCUAUCUUCUUCUACACUAUCUGAUGUGCUUUCUUUUUGAAUCUAGUACCUCUACUGAUACACCCCCCUAUGUAUUUAUUUGGACAGUGAAGCUACAACUUUUAAUUUGGCUCUAUACUCCAGGAUUUUGGAUUUGAGAUCAAAUGUUUUAUAUGAGGCGACAGUACAGAAUGUCACCUUUUAUUUGAGGGUAUUUUCAUACAUCUGUUUUACCGUUUAGUAAUUAAAGCACUUUAUGUAUCUAGUCCCCCCAUUUGAAGGUGGCAUAAGUAUUUGGACAAUUUCACUUAGUGUAUAAAAAUGUGUCAGAAGUUUAGUAUUUCGCCCCAUAUUCUUAGCACGCAAUGACUACAUCAAGCUUGUGACUCUACAAACUUGUUGAAUGCAUUUGCAGUUAGUUUUGGUUGUGUUCUGGAUUAUGGUGUGUCAUUUUGGAGUCACUUUUAUUGUAAAUAAGUAUAGGAUUUGUUUCUGAACCCUUCUACAUUGUAAACCCUACCAUGACUACGGAUAAUCAUAAAUUAAUCUUGAAUAAUGAUGAGUGAGAAAGUUACAGAGAUAAAUAUCAUGCCCCCCCAAAAAUGCUAACCUCCCAUGUUAUUGGUAAUGGUGUGAGGUUAGCAUGUUCUGGGGGCAUGAUCUUUGCGCAUCUGUCACUUUCUCACUUGUUAUUCACAAAUUCCUUCAUGAUUAUCUGUAAUCAUGGUAGCCGCCACAUUAAUGUAGAAGUGUUCAUAUUCUAUUCUUAUUUACAAUAAAAGUGACUCCAAAAUGACAAUACAUUAUUUACCAUUAAUUUCUAUUGGGCACAACAUUAUCUGAAACACAACUAAAACAAACUACAAAUGCAUCCAGCAAGUUUAUAGUCAUGAGCUUGAUGUAGUCAUUGCAUGCUAGGAAUAUGGGACCAAAUACUAAACUAUUGACUACAUUUAAUACUAAUACGAAUGACACCUUCAAAUGGGGGGAGUAGAUGCAUGAAGUGCAUUCAUUUCUAAAAUGUAAAACAAAUGUAUAAAAAUACCCUCAAAGGGUGACAUUCUGUAAUGUCGCCUCAGACAUUUGAUCUCAAAUCCAAAAUGCUGGAUUAUAAAGCCAAAUGAAAUAUAUUUACUUCACUGUCCAAAUAAAUACGUAGGGGAGUGUAUGUGCCUUAAAAACCUUGAGGAGAACCUCUGAAUGUUAAUUAGCUAUAACACAUGUAGUAUACAAUAGUUAUUGGAAAUAUAUAAUGAAAUUAAGUUUAUUUGAAGUUUACAUGAAACCAGUUUCAUCGUCCUUGUUCCAUAGCUAUGUGUCAAACAAGAUAUAUCCCCUUUCCUUGAAUAAAUACCAUACCACAUCUUCA